AUGGAGAAUCUCUCUCAUUCUCGGCAUCCGAACAGGUCCGGGACUUCACUACCGAAGAAAGCUUGCAAUGGUAAUGGUGGUUUUAGCUACGGCUCCGGCAAAACGGCUAACACCGCCACCACGUACGACGACGUUUUCGGUGGUCCGCCUAGGUUCGGAGCGCCGUCUUUAUCUCCACGUCUCGAAGACUACUGCGAGAUUUUCGCUGGAUUCAACGGCUCCUCACGCGCCGCCGUCUCCUCGAUUCCGGUGCUCGAUCUUCCACUCGUAGACGAUAGAGAUGUCUUCUUCGAUGUUCGGAGCCAGGGUUUUGACUACCGUGAGGUUUUCGGAGGUUUUAACGAUCUCGAUUUAGCGCCGUCGUACGAGGAGCUUUUUAUGCAGCGGUCCACUGUUGGUGAUGGCGAUUCCUCCGACGACGCUUGGACUCCUGAAGAAGUAGAGUCGCUCUCUGGCAAAAGUCCUUCCUUUUCCAAUGGCAGAGAUUCGUACGACUCCAUUGAUGGGUGUACAGAGUUCAACAUCUCCUAUCACAAAACUAGUCAGAUAAACGACGCAAACAUGUCCAGCGGCGUGACACGUGUGGCUGAUCUUGGUGCUAUGCCUGGUUACACCGUCGCAGUUGAUGAAAUGAUUAGUUCAAGUGGAACCUCAAAGCUCAAGAAGGAGACUUUGAAGACAAGUGGUAAAUACGCUUUUGAAGACAAGGAUGGUGCCAGUAAGUAUUACAGCGGAGCUACGUCUUAUCCUAGUGAACCUUUUGUGACUGUUUCUGAGAUUGGUUUGAAGACUCAUCCAACUGGGAUACCACCUCCUUCGAGACCACCUCCUAUACUGAAGAGUGAUUUUAGAAGUUCGGCUUCUCAUUCCAGGACCACCGGAUCAGAAGGAUCCGCGGAAGGAGGUUCUCCACCGUUCUUUGAUGUAGAGGUUGAUGCGAGCUCAGCAGCUGUGAGAGAAGCUAUGGUUAAAGCUGAGGCAAAACUGAAAAGUGCAAAAGAGCUCCUAGAGAGGAAGAGGGAUGGGGCACGGACCACCACGAAGCGAACCUCUACGAACAAUAGAAUGAUCGAGGAAGGGAAAUCUCUGAGGGAUACGCAUGGAAGCAAGUCUCUCUCUUCUCAAGGGUCUGCAAACUCUGACGGGAAUGAUGAGUGGGAAGAGGCUACAACUACACAGUUUGUUGAAUUGGUUAGAACAGAGCAACCAAGGAAUGCUGAUGAGAACAGUGGAGGGAAAGGUGAUUCUUUUUCUCUUAAUGCAGGGUUUUUCGACCAGAAGCUGACACGGGCUGCUAAUGUUGACUGGGAGAGACAACAGAGGAGAGGAAAAGGAGAUAGGGAGGAUCAUGAAGCUAAGAAGUUGCCAAAACAUCCUGGAACGAGAAAAGUAUCAUCUAGGCUUAAGAGGCAUGAGGACAAGCUUGCAGAGAAGGCUCCUGAAGAGCCAAAGAGUGAUAAGUUUAGAGAUGUUGAGCUGCAAUUUGAGAUGCCUGAUCAUGGUGGGAUAGUGAAAUACAGAAAUCUGCUUAGACCAGAAGAAAACAAGCCCAUAACUGAAAAACGCAUUCAAAAUCAACUUUCGGAUAGAGUAGCACAUGGGAAAGCAGCUGAAAAGAACCAGGAUUGUGUGUUUGAUUGGGAGCAAAAUGCGAGAAAGCUCAGGGAGGCUCUUGGUCUAGCAGAUAAUGGAAGCACGCUAGAGGUUCCCUUGCAACUGAUAGGAAAUGGUAAAAGUUUGGGAAUGCGUGGCGAAACGGAAGAGACAAAACUGAAUGAGGCCUUGAGGCGGAUAGAGGAGGAAACUGGGUCUAAAGCAGCUCGUGUAGAGGAAGAAGCUGACAGGAGAGAAAGAGAGACUUUUGAGAAGGCAGAAAAAGAGAAAAAACUAAAGGCAGCUUUGGAGCAAGAAGAGAAGGUCAAAAAGCUUAAGGAAGCUCGUGAAAAAGAAGAGAAUGAACGGAGAGCGGCAGAGGCUCACGAAAAGGCAGAACAAGAAAGGAAAAUGAAAGAACAAGAAGAGUAUGAAUUGCGGCUUAGAGAAGCCUUUGAAAAGGAAGAAAAAACCCGUAGAAUGAGAGAGGCUCGCGAAAAGGCAGCACAAGAAAGGAAAAUGAAGGAACAAGAAGAGUAUGAACUGCGGCUAAAAGAAGCUUUUGAAAAGGAAGAAAAGAACCGUAGAAUGAGAGAGGCCCAUGAGAAGGCAGAGCAUGAGAGGAAAAUGAAACUUGCACUUGAACAAGAGAAGGAACGGAAAUUAAAAGAAGCACGUGAAAAGGAAGAAAACGAACGAAGAAUAAAAGAGGCUAGUGAAAAGGCAGAGCUGGAGCAAAGGCUGAAAGAAAGUCUUGAACAAGAAGAGAAAGAAAGGCGGAUUAAAGAGUGUCACGAGAGGGAAGAAAAUGAGAGGAGAGCUAAAGAGGUUCUUGAGCAGGCAGAGAAGGAGAAGAAGUUGAAAGAAAUCUUUGAGCAAAAGGAGAAAGAAAUGAGGGUGAAAGAGGCACUUGAAAAGGAAGAGAAUGAGAAGAAGCUGAAAGAAGCUAUUGAGCUAGAAGAGAAAGAGAAAAGGCUGUUAGAAGCUUUUGAGAGGGCAGAGAUUGAGAGAAGACUGAAAGAGGAUAUUGAACAGGAAGAGAUGGGGAUGAGGCUGCAAGAGGCUAAGGAAAGAGAAGAAAGAGAAAGAAUUGAAAAAGAAAAUCAAGAGCAUCACGAAAAGGAAAUGAAACAACAUGAAUAUACAAGAGAAGAGAGAGACAAAAGACAAAGAGACACAUGUGAAAUGGAGAAAACCUGUGAAAUCACCAACGAGGGCCGUGGAGAGCAAUGCUCGAAGGAGAGUCUUAGCGACACUUCAGAAGAGGAUGGGAGAGUAGACAACCACAAAUCGGUGAAGAAACGAGAGGAGGAAGAAGAAGGACCAAGCCAGAGAGUAUCUGAAGAAGCCUGUCCUUGGAAGGUUUUUGAGAAGAACCUUAAAGAUGCAAGCCAAAAAGGAACCAGUGAUGUGGAUGCUGAAUCUGAGAUAAUUGAGAGCAAUGGAGAGGAACCUCAGCAGAGUGAAAAUGAAGGAUAUAACCAACUAAAUGGAGAAUCAGGUGAAGAAUCCGCAUCUGUGACUGACAAUGUCCAAGGAGGAAAGCUCAACCAAAAGAGCAAAAAGUUUGAAAGCACCAUCGAUGCCUCAGUGCUCAAAGGAGAUGGUGGGAAUAAAACUGAAACUGAAGAAAGAUCCGAAGACGAGAAUGUCAGAAAUGCAGGUCUUGGCCGUCAUCAAAGGAAUCCAGGGGAAAGCAAGUGUGCUAACAAAGCACCCUCUGAUGCAAAAUUAGAAAGACCAUUGCCUUCUCGAGUGUCUUUGCAACGUGAGAAAGAAGCGGAGAGACUAAAGCGAGAGAGAGACUCUGAGAUGGAACGUUUAAGAAAGGUAGAAGAAGAAAGGGAGAGGGAAAGAGAGAGGGAGAAGGAUCGAAUGGCUUUCGAUCAGAGAGCCCUGGCUGAUGCACGUGAAAGACUGGAGAAAGCAUGUGCCGAGGCCAGAGAGAGGUCUUUGCCUGACAAGGCAUCAAUGGAGGCAAGACUUAGAGCAGAACGGGCAGCAGUGGAGAGAGCAACCGCUGAAGCUCGUGAACGUGCAGCUGAAAAGGCUGCCUUUGAGGCAAGAGAGCGUAUGGAAAGGUCGGUUUCCGACAAGCAGUUUCAAACUUCAGGUUUCUUUGGUGAACGAAUGGAGAGAUCAGUUUCCGACAAGAAGUUUCAAAACUCAGCCUCUUUUGGUGCUUCAAGAUAUCAAAAUUCCCCUGGUACUGAUGGUGAAUCACCUCAAAGGUAUACAUCGAGAUUAGAAAGGCAUCGAAGAACAGCUGAUCGUGUGGCUAAAGCUUUAGAAGAGAAGAACAUGCGUGAUCUCGUGGCUCAGAGAGAACAAGCAGAGAGAAUUAGAAUCGCUGAAACCUUAGACGCUGAUGUAAAGAGAUGGUCAAGUGGAAAAGAACGAAACAUAAGAGCAUUACUCUCAACAUUACAAUACAUCCUCGGUCCCGAGAGCGGUUGGCAACCAUUACCGUUAACAGAAGUUAUAACUUCAGCAGCUGUGAAACGAGCUUACAGGAAAGCCACACUUUGUGUUCAUCCAGACAAAUUACAGCAAAGAGGUGCAAACAUUCACCAGAAAUAUAUCUGCGAAAAGGUCUUCGAUCUUCUUAAGGAAGCUUGGAACAGAUUCAACUCGGAAGAAAGAUAG